UUUUAUUUUAAAUGUGAAAUUCGCCACGCCAUCAAUUACGACAAUCGGAAGCAAACAGUUGGAAACAUGUUGCAAUGUCAGAAAGCUGGUUGACUGUUUAGUGGUCAGGAAAUGUAUCUGUUCGAAUGACCUGAACAGCUAAAACUUUUGAUGUGAAAUAGAGAGACCAUCCCAGCCCCAAAUAACAAAAUGCCAGUUGAAGUAACAGCACCAGUUAACCUAACACGAUCCAUCUUCCUCUGCAACCUAUUCAGCUUCUUCUUUUCAGCCAGUAAAUCAUGUCUUCUUCCAUUCCUAACGAUAUAUUUACGACUUCUGGGACUAACAGCAACACAGACAGGAUUCGUAAUUGGAGCAAAAACAUUUUCAACCUUUAUAUUUGCUCCUAUAUGGUCAAAGUGUGCAAUUCAGUUUCACAGAAGAAGGUUAGUUUUGAUGAUAGCCUUGUUUAUGAUGGCAGUUACAUACUUACCUCUGACCUUGCUAACAAACUAUAGUCCAUCAAUGGAGAGUUGUGACUCACAAUCAACACAAAAGAGUACACCAUCAUUGCCAGUGACACAAUCACCUAUUCAUAUUAACAGCACACACAGCUUGCCACCAGUACACAGUUUAAUGCCAAAGAGUUCUACAGUCGGUUCACCAGUCCCAUUUACUACCUCUCCAACAACUGUGAGUAGUACUGUUGUAAGAACUGUUCCAACCAAAGAAAAGAAGGAUGAUGAGGAUCAAGUUCUUAACCAGGUCAAGGCCAUUUUAAUCAACACUGGUAUUAUGGAAAAGGAAAAGGUGAAGAUGCUCACAGCAGAAGACAUUUUUCAAAAAUAUAAGUUAAUAGCAGAGAAUAAAGAGGCAAUAGAUUCACUAAGAAAAUUUCUAUCUGAAGAUGAAAAAGCUGUGAUAAAAGAUUUUUUAAGCAGAUAUGGUGUGUCAGUCCGACAGAGAAGAGAAAUAUCCACUAAAAACAUAUCAGAUGCAAUUUUGAAAAAAAUUCAUGAAAAGAUAGAGCAGGCCAAGCAAAACCUCUUCAUUGUUGUGCUAGUGAUACUCAUUGUUGGAGAAGCUUUCUGUUCACCUGUUGAAAAAAUUGCAGACGACUCAUGGUUUGAAUUUUUAGAGCAAAUUGAUGACAUGGAAAAGUAUGGCAAGCACAGAGUAUGGAGCUCCUUGGCCAACAUGUUCUUCCCUGUCAUUGUGACUUUAGUGGUUGACAACACCACAUGUCUCUUUGAUUUAAAAGUUUAUCCUUUCAUGUUUCAUUUUUAUGCAUUUGGAGCUCUACUUGGGAUCACAUUUCUGAUAAGUUUUCUCUACCCUGUUCCAAAUGCCCCAAAAUCUAAGUACAAGAGUAAGUUGGGAACAGCAAUGAGAAAAGUGUGCUGCACAUGUGGAGGCCUGCUAUACAUGCUCACCUUGGUCAUCAUGGGUUUUAUUUUUGCAUCACAUAGCAACUUUCUUUUUUGGUUGAUUCAGGACUUGAAAGGGAAAGAAAUCACCAUGGGUUUAUGCAUACUUGUUGCAAGUCUCUCUGAAUUGGUGGUUCUGGUUUUUAGUUCCAGAUUGGUUAAGAUAUUAGGUAAUGGUGGAAUGAUCAGCAUUUCGUUGUUGUGCCUUGCUGGACGCCUGCUUUAUUACUCGUAUUUGUGGACCCCUUGGGCUGUCCUUCCUGUUGAAAUUUUCCAUGCCGUGACCCACACCAUGAUGUGGUUUGUCGUGCUGAGUAACAAAGCAUUCCGAGUUAGUCCUACUAUAGACAGAGCAAUCAGGUCCGUUUUGUCUUCCGCUUAUUUCGGUGUUGGUUUUGGAGUUGGGAGCCUGGUGUCUGGUGUCAUGUAUGAUCAGUAUGGCAUCCGCAUACUGUUUAGGGCACUUUCUAUUCUGUCUGUUGGCUGGUGUCCUGUAUUCUUCCUACUACAGAGAUGUUGUCAGCCUAAACAAGACAAUGAGAUUAAAUAUACACAACUGCUCCAGUCAGACGACCACUCUGAUGAUGAUGUAGAAGAUGACUGGUUGGAGCAUGCCCUUAAGGACAGAUAGAAAGUGGGUGGCUGGCUAAAGCAUGCCUUCUAGGACACAAAGAAAGCAUUCCUGUAGAAUCUCAGCAUAGAUGCAUUUCAUUUACAUACUGUAAUUUAAUUAUUUAUGUAAGCUUAUUGUUAUUGUAAAUAGAAGGUUUUUAAGUGUAUUUGAAUAAGAUUAUUUUGUAUGAAACUACUUCUACAAAUGUUUCCAUGCAUUAUAGAAAUCCAAGAAGGAAGCUUUAUGUUUAUUUAUUUCCUUUUUACUUUGUCUGUAGUUUAUUUGUUUACAUCAUCAAGGAUAGCUUUAAGUUUAAUAGAAAUA